AAUCCUGCAAAUUCAUUACUCUAAUCGAAGUCUUUGAAGACCGAGCUGUCGAUCUACAAUCCAACUGCAGGAAAGAAAAGGGAAAAAAGAGGUGAGGAAAAGAAGUCCAUCCUAAAACACAGGUAGAAAAAACCAAAAGCCUCAUCAAAAUUGUAUCCAUUUCUCCUCUUCUUCAACAUGAAGCAAGAAGAAGUAAACCGCUGCCAAAUCCAAGAAUGGUACCCUAAAUUCAAAUCUCUCUCCAUCAAAACUCUAAUCCAUGAGCUCCCUGAAUCCUUUGUCAGUUACCUUCUAGAAGAUUCCAAACCCUUCCUCCUCCCACUUUCUAUUUCCGGUGAUGAUGCCCUACCCCGCAGAAACCCAAACUCAUACGAUGAUGAUGAUUACAAAGAAGAUUUUGAACAGGAUUUUGAAGAAGAAUCUCUGAAAGAUUCUGAGGAAGAAUCUCCAUCCCCGCCUUGCUUCCCAGACCUUGAAUCCCAAAUAAAAGAUUCCAUUGAAACCCUCAGUGGUGCUGUUUUUCCCAAGCUGAAUUGGAGCUCACCGAAGGAUGCAGCUUGGAUUGCCACGACUGGCACUCUCCGCUGCAGUUCCUUUGCCGAGAUCGCUCUCCUUUUGAGAUCAUCUGACAGUGCAGUCCAUGACCUUUGCCACGCAUAUGAUUCGUGCAUGGACAAGACUUCCUCGCGCCCACCUCGGUUCUUUCUUGCUCUCCGGAAAUGGUACCCUUCCUUCCACCCCGAGAUGGAAUUCCGUUGCUUCGUUCUCAACCAACACCUUGUCGGCAUCUCUCAGCGUGAGGUCACUGGAUUCUACCCUAUACUACUUGAGAAGAAAUCAGAUCUCGAACUAUUGAUUAGAGAAUUCUUUGAGGAGAAUGUGCAGUUGGGAUUUGAAUCGAAGGACUACACCUUUGAUGUAUAUGUUACAAAGGAUAGGCGAGUGAAGCUCAUGGAUUUCAAUCCUUCGGGGGCAUUUACGCUUCCUCUACUGUUUACUUGGGAUGAAUUGGAGAACUUUCGGGAAGAGAGAGGUGAGCAUGUUGAGUUCAGGAUUGUUGAGAGUCAGUGCACAGUCCGCCCUGGGUUGAAGACCGCGGUUCCAUACGAUUACUUGGAUAUGAGCCCAGGGAGUGGUUGGGAUCAGUUUCUGAGGAGAGCAGAUGAGGAAUUGAGGAGGCAGGCGAAAUCUCCAGACGCUGGAGCCUGAGGAUUUGUUUGCUCCAAUGAGCAGUCUUGGUGGAGCUGGGGCUUGGUGUUGCAACUAGCCAUGUAUGAUGAGAGAUUGUAUAUGAGGUUUCCUUGGGAGGCUUCUGAGUCAUGUAAUUGCAACAAGAGUCCUUUUUCUGGUAGGUGCCACCAUUUGUGGGCCUUGAUCGGUGGUGGUCUGAUUGUAGGGUGGUUGCAGAAAAAGAAUUUAUGGCCACGGGAAAUUGAUCAAAGGUCCCACCUUAAGCAAACCUAUGUGGUCCACAUGGUGAGCAGACUGGCCACGGAAAAUGCUGAUGAACUGGCUACUUCUCUUGUGCAGGGGCGCAAAUGGGUUGGGUCAACGUGACAGGCCAUAGGAUCUGAUCCAACAACAAGCAAUGAGUGGGUCUGGGUCCAAAAUUUAGACCCAUGGUGCAGGUUUCAGCCCAAAAGUUUGACCUAAUUUACUGAUGUAGCACAUAUGGUGGGGUACAUCUUCACUGCAAGUGGGCACAUGUGCAAGAAGUAGUGGGCCCAAUGUUUAUGCGACUUGGCAAUGUCAUGUGGUUGAAAAAUUAAAGAUUUCAAGGACAAUAGGCUAUUCUUUAUUUGAAAAAUUGUUGAGAAUUAGUGUAAUUGUAUUUUCUAAAGAUACAUGGGAAAGGAUUCAUGAGAAAAUGUUUGAUUAGGAAUUCUAUUAACUUUAUAUGGUUUUAAUGCAACUUUAUGGGAUCAAAAGGUUGUUGUUAAAUAAACAUGUAUUCUUAAGAGCUAGU